UCCAAGAAGGGGAUAUCGAUCACUGUAGCGUCAUUUCUAUAUGUCACGAUAUAACGUCAUCAAUCAAUGUUAUGGACUCGGACUUUUGAAAGUACUAAAUCCUCCAUGUUUCAUGGAUCCUUUAUAUAGAUUACGUCUAUUGUUAUAGCUUUAACAGCGAGUUUGAAAGGGCAAGAGCCACAAAAGCUCCUCUCCCCACUAUCUCGCACUCCGUGUUCAACAAGGUCAAAAAAUAGUCGGGUGGGAAAAGAAUUAACAAAAUAACCAUUUCUCGUCCAACUUAUUCUAGAAAGUUGGCAGUAAAACAAAUUUGGUAUCUUAUUGCGGCACCCCGUACUGGAUGGCACCAGAAAUAUUCUGGGGUAAAGGCUAUGGACGGAAAGUAGAUAUUUGGAGUCUAGGUUGCACAGUUGUCGAAAUGUUAACAGGGAAACCUCCUCUGGGUCAUCUUGAGUCAGCGGCGGCCAUGUUUAGGAUUGGCUCCAAACCCAUCGAGCCUACGCUGCCAGAGAAUGUAUCAUUAGAUGCAAAAGAGUUUGUUAAGGCUGCUUUGACCUGGAAACCUGACGAGCGACCUUGGUCCGAUGAGUUGCAACGUUACAACUUCGUUUCUAAAGGUACAGCCACAGAAAUCGACAGAACUGUUUUUUAACCUUUUUUCCAGUUGUCCAUUAGACUAUAUUAUAGCACAUAUAUCAUCUACAGCUACUUAAAGAGCUCAUGGCACAAGUACAGCCCAUUGGAAAUAAAAACCUACAUGAGGUUACUGGAAUAUCCGUUCAGCGUAUGGUGCAUGUUUUCGUUUUCAGCAACUAAAUGAUGCCCUACCUCAUUUUACAUAAGGCCGAAAAACUUGUCAUCAGGAAUUAUUUUCGAAAUAUGACGUCUGGAUCUCGGACUUGGCUUAAUCUCAUCGAGGGCCAAGUCUAAAAAAAUCAUCGUAUGUUUUUUAAUUCCCGCCCAAGUUAAUAAUUUUAGGGGCAAGUUUUGAUAAAAAGCAAAAUAACACCCCACACCAGUUGUAUUCAAGGCAAUGUUUCUGAAAAUCAAACCGAGCGAUUUCUCUGAGAUUUUCACUCCAGGCAAUUAGAUGUUUUAAGAUUCAUUUAACACCAUAAUACCAUUUCGUCAAGUCUUGUGGACACAGUUUGCAAUAACAUUUUAAAACAGCUCCGUUUUUGUUGUAUUUUGACACCUUAAAACUUUACUCGCAAUUUUCUCGAAAACGCUCGCACAGAUCUUUUUUUAAAUUUUGCCAUCGUUAAGACAACUGUGUCAAGUCCGAGAUCCCGCCGUCAUAUUUCGAAAAUAAACUCUGAUGGCAAGUUAUUCGGUCUUAUGUAAAAUGGUGUGGCCAGGAGCCAUAAUCGGGGACGGAGACUGUAAGCGCGCGCUAU